AUGCAAGAUCAUCGUGUCUGGAACUGCGCUCUCGUUUCGAUCUUCUUGUUAAUCAAGCUUGAAAACAUUGACGGGAUACAAAAAUGGAGUAUGCAAUUCGGACACACUCCGCUUUUGGAAAGAUUUACCUGGAAGAAGAUGGAUUUCGCUUAUCCAGAUGAACGUAGCAGACAGUUAGCAAUGGCGAGCGGCGAAUACAUACCGGAGAAUUCUCUGCCCGUUGGCAUCGAGAUCUGGAGGAAUAAGCUCUUCGUCACGAUACCGCGAUGGCGCGAUGGAAUACCAUCUACAUUGAACUAUAUACCGUUGGAUGCUAAUCAAGGUGGAUCACCGAAACUGAUACCGUAUCCAAAUUGGGUUCAGAAUAGAGCCGGUACUUGUGGUCGCGGGUUAACUACCGUUUAUAGAAUUCAUGCAGACGCGUGCAACAGACUCUGGGUGUUGGACACUGGAACAAUAGGAAUCGGUGAAACGACUGUUCAAGCCUGUCCUUAUACCUUGAAUGUAUUUGACUUAACCACGGAUAAGGUGUUGAGGCAAUACAGACUCAGACCGGAAGACAUCAAUCAGAACACUUUUAUCGCCAACAUCGCUGUUGAUCUGGGAAAAGGCGGCUGCGAUGACGCGUUCGCUUACAUGUCCGACGAACUCGGCUACGGUCUGAUCGUGUACUCGUGGCAGCAAAAUACAUCCUGGCGAAUAGCGCAUAGCUACUUCAUGCCGGAUCCUCUGGCAGGCGACUAUAAUAUCGGAGGCUUGAAUUUCCAAUGGGGAGAGGAAGGGAUUUUCGGGAUGAGUCUGUCACCGAUAUCUGCGGAUGGUUAUCGAAUUCUCUUUUUCCAUCCUCUCAGCAGCCAUCGGGAAUUUGCAGUCUCCACGAGAAUCCUGAGAGACCAGCGACUAUCGCAAAACAGUUAUCAUGAGUUCCAGGUAUUGGCAUCGAGAGGACCGCUUUCUCAUUGCACUGCAUCUGUGAUGGAUGAAAAUGGGCUUCAGUUCUUCAACUUAAUCGAUCAAAAUGCAGUUGGUUGCUGGAACUCCAUGUUACCUUACUCACCGAUUAAUCAAGCAGUCGUUGCCAGACACGAUGAAGCUAUGAUAUUUCCAGCAGAUAUCAAGGUGAAUCGAGGCUUACUCUGGAUUAUGUCGGACCGAAUGCCAAUUUUCUUGUUAUCGAAUCUAAAUUACACAGACGUGAACUUUAGAAUACUCACCAUGCCGAUUCAGGCGGCAAUUAGCGGAACAGUCUGCGACAAUAUGCCAUGGAGAUUUAUAAGCAAUCGAAUCUGGUGGGAUUGACGAUUCAUAAUGUAUUAAUAUAAACAUUUAAUUAACAAAUGUGCAGUAUCCUCAAUUACAUUCGAUCUCUAUACUUAAUAAUUGAAUUGUCAGCGAGUAGAAAAAGCUAAUGAAUAAAAAUAUUUAAAUGUUCCUUUCUCCCCUUCUCUUUCUAUAUUUUUUAAAAAAAUAAGUAGUUUCAUAGAUGUUAAGUAUCUGACACAGAAGGUGACUAAUCUCGGCUCGUGCGGCGCGAAAAUGGCGAAUGGAUUGGCGUGAAUCAGCAUCGGCGAGCCCUGCAGGAGCUAAACGGUUCGACCAUGUGGCCCAUUAGUUUUGGCCCUGGUUUCCAAUAAUUUGACGGCGAUUGGACCGUUCCUGCGGCAUGAUAUACGAUCUGAUGCUGCUCGCUUCGAAAAUUAUCUGUUUCACGCCCCCGUCUGUAAAAUAUGGCCACGCGCCUCGUCUGUUUCCGUAGGGACUACAGAAUUGGAACUUCCUCUCUCUCUUCCGGCGACGUGGUGCACGCAGGCUUGUUAUAUUUCUUGUCCAGCGCAGUUACAUUCGAAAUAAUCAGAAUCAAUUAAAACGCUUGUCAGCUGAACUCUACUAAAAGCUGUAUAUUAAUGUUUCAAUGUUUCAAUGUAUACAUACGCGCAUAUGACAAGCGAGAUAUUCCGUCACAUUUGAUAAAUCGUACGUUGCGAUCGAAAAUAUUUUAUAUUUGCACUUCCAACAAAACUACACUAAUGAUUUGAAAUAUUUAAAUAAUAUGAUUUAUUUGCUACAUUGUCAUCGUAACAUUUUGCG